AGAGGUCCAGUGUUUGUGAGUUCAAGCUGGAAUGAAACAACAGCUUCCUGGAGUAACAUCACAUACGCCUCACAGCUUCAACAGGAACUCUGAAGAUGGAAAUUGUGGAGCAAACUUUAAACAGGGAUUCUACAAACAUGUCUAAAGCCCAGCAGCUGAGAGACAUGCUGAAACUACGGCUAACGACGACUGACAAAGAGAUAUUUGAGUUGUUUGAAGAAAUGAUUGCCGACUAUGAAGGAAUGAUUGCAGACUAUGAAGGAAUGAUCACCGACUAUGAAGGAAUGAUUGCAGGCUGUAAAGAAGAAAUCCGUCGUUUACAAGAAGAGAACAAAGGGGGGAAAGUGCUGGAUGCUGUCUUUAAUCCUCAUGUUUGCUUAUACAGAGCAGACAUGCACCAGCUGUUGGUGCGUAAAGAAGCUGUUCGCCUUGCACAACAGGAAGAACACUUGAAUCUGGACCAAAAUGACUUAAAAGCUCCAAACAUUAAAGAGGAACAGGAGGAGCUGUGGAGUGAAGAUGAAGAAAACCCACAGUUUUCACAGCUUCAUCAAAGACAAAGAGAUCAGAGCACAGAAGUGAAGCUUCUUUCCAGCAAUGCAACUGUACACAGAACACUGAAAAUAGAAGCUCGUAGAGACGACCAUGGAGGACCACAACCAGCCAGCGACUCGGGUCCAUGCAGUCAUUUACAACCACUUACUGAUGACAGACCGAAGUUGUUGCUGAAUAAAAAUGAAAUUCUCCCUGAACAGCAGGCGUGGAAUCCAAGCAUUGAUCAAGAGGACAUUAAAGGGGAACAAGUGAAUCUCUGGAUAAGUCAGCAAGGACAGCAGCUUCAUCUGCUGGAGGAGGCUGAUAUUACUAUGUUCUCUUUCACUGCUGUCCCUGUGAAGAGUGAAAAUAUUGAAGAAAAAACACAGUCAUCACGCGUUCAUCAAAGCCAAAGUGAUGAGUGCACAGAGGCCGAGCUUGUCGCCAGCAGCUCAACAGUACACAGAAUACUGACAGUAGAAGAUGAUGGAGACAAAUAUGAGAAACCACUGGAAAAAAGCAAAUUCUCUGUUCCCAACAUUACUAAGAAAGAUUUUAAUAUCUUUCAUCAUGAUGAUGUUUGUCAUGUGAACUAUUCAAAACUAUACACAAGACAGCAAGCAAGUGAAAAACCAUUUAGCUGUCCUGACUGUGGUAAAAGAUUUGGCCUAAAGGGCAACCUAAUUAGACAUGUUACAAUUCAUACUGGAGAGAAGCCAUUUGACUGUUCUCGGUGUGAUGCAAAAUUUAGACGAAAGGACAAUCUGAUCGCACAUAUGAGAAUUCAUACAGGGCAGAAACCAUUUGGUUGUUCUCAUUGUGGUAAAAGAUUUGGAGAGAAGGGCAAUCUGAUCAAUCACAUGAGAAUUCAUACAGGAGAGAAACCAUUUUCCUGUCCUGAGUGUGGUGCAAAAUUUAGGCGAAAGAAUAAUCUGGUUGGGCACAUGUUCAUUCAUACAGGAGAUAAACCAUUUGUGUGUUCUGAGUGUGGUAAAACAUUUGGACAGAAAGGAGAUCUGAAAACACACAUGAAAAUUCAUGCAGGAUAUCGACCAUUUGGCUGUUGUAAGUGUGGUAAAAGAUUUGGGCUAAAAGGCAAUCUGAACAAACACAUGAGAAUUCAUACAGGUCAAAAACCAUUUAGCUGUUCAGUGUGCGGUAAACUGUUUGGACAGAAAGGCAGUCUGAUCCCACACAUGAAAAUUCAUACAGGAGAGAAACCAUUUGAUUGUUCUGAGUGUGGUGCAAAAUUUCGUCAAAAGGGCAAUCUUAUUGCACACAUGAUAGUUCAUACAGGGGAAAAACCAUUUGACUGUUCUGAGUGUGGAAAAAAAUUUGGACAAAAGGGUUAUCUGAAGAAACACAUGCGAAUUCAUAUGGGGCAGAAACCAUUUGGCUGUUCUAAGUGUGGUAAAGGUUUCACACAAAAGGGUAAUCUCAUUAAACACAUGAGAAUUCAUACAGGUCCAGUUCCUGCCAGAACAAAUAGGUCCCAGCAGGAAGACCUAUUAGAUUAGACGGAACUUUAUUAAUCCCUUGGGAAGACUCCCUCAGGGAAGCACAAACUGAAGGUUCCAGGGUGAUUCUUAGACUACAGGC